UCCCUCACGAGCGCGAGCCCCGAGCUCCGAGCGUACUUCAGCGGCCACAGCCUCGACCUCUACGAGGUGCUGCUUUGUGGUGUAAUUGUUAUGUGUCCAGAAGAUCCACUUACAUUUUUAGAAGAAAAGCUCAGAGAAAUAAUGGAAAAGGAAUUCAAUGCUGUCUUAUGGUACAUACUAUACGACCAUAUUUUACAAUUCAGAGGAUGGAUAAAAUAUAGCCUUCUGAAAAAGAACAAAGUGAAAAAGGUAAGGCAGAAGAUGGCUCUAGCAGUAGCCCAUUAUUACAUCCAAAUAUUAAGAGUAAUUAUACAGAAAUAGAGCAUGUGGGUACAGAUUCACAAGGAAAAAAUGACAUUAGCCACAAAGAGACUCCAACAGAUCUUUAACAAAAUAUAUUUAAAUGCUGUUGUGAAAGCUUGACUUGCAGAAGCCCACAGUUCUUUUAAAGCAAAAGCAUAUUUUAAGGGUUUGGCAAAGGAAAGUCAGACAAGUGGUUUUGAAUCAGAUAGUGUUACCAUCAGACAUAAACCAUCCCAUGUACCAGAAAAAGCCUUAUUACAGGUUUGUCAUAGUAUGUAUGUUUUUCUGAUGCAAAUUUUCCACUAUGUAAAUUUAGUUGAUCUGUCAAAGUGUGCUCAGGUUAGCCAACUGAGCUGGGUGCUACUGACUCAGAAAUUAUGGAGUGAGAUGAACUUUUUGUCUGUGAAACAUAAAGUUAAGGACCCAAAAGUAGUACGUAUUUUGCAGGAGUAGUGUCCAUCUGUGUUGCAUUUGAAUCUUCAAGGUUACUCUUCUCUUCACUGGCCUGGCUUUAAAAGUAUCAAAGUGAUGCCAUGUAACCUGUGUCAAACUGCCAUGACAACCAAAAAUGCUUCUAGAAGGACAUCAGCUCCACUUACUGCCAACACCAAACAAGGCAAAUAUGAGCAUGUGGAGUUGGAACCUGGAAACCAGCCAUGUUUUGGCUACUCAUGGUUUCAGGCAGCUCAGCUACGGAAGUGGCAGGGGCUGACUUACUCACUCAAGACUGAACAGAAACACUGCAGCUUCCCCAAUUUACAGUAUCUGAGUUUAACUCUCUGCAGAAAAUUCACAGGCAAAGGUUUACUGUACCUGGUCUCUGGAAAAGGCUGUCACAAGCUCAUCUAUUUGGAUCUUUCAGGUUGCAUUCAGAUUUCAGCUGAUGGCUUCAGAAAUAUUGCCAAUGGCUGCAGUAGGAUUCAAGCUUUGCUAAUCAAUAAAAUGCCAACUCUUACAGACAGAUGUAUUCAAGCUCUGUUUGAAAAAUUCCAGCAGAUAACGUCUGUUGUCUUUCUUGACUCUCUGUCUUUGAUAACAACUUUUAAAGCCCUUGCAGCAGGGCAGCUUAUAUUUUUCUAUAUUUCAACAUGGAAUAAACAAAUUACUGAUUUAAGUUUCAAGUUGAUGAGUGAAUGCUGCCCAUACAUCAGGCAUACUCAUAUGACUGAUUGCCAGAAGAGUAUAGAUGCUGGUCUUGAGAUGAUUUAACCACUGAAGCAUAUUCUUGUACUGAAUGUGGGAGACUGCAUUUCUCUUUUAGAUGGAGAUAUACGACUGUUUGUACAAGGUCCUUCAGGAGCUAAGGUAAGAGACCUGAAUUUGAUUAGUUGUAUUCGUGUCACUGAUGCUUCUGUAAAAGAUAUAGCACAAAAAUGUCAUGAGUUGACCUACGUAAAUCAGUGUCACUGUGGGAAUGUGACUGAUAUUGGAACUGAAGCUUUGGGAAAUAUGCCAUCAUUGAUAUCCAUUGAUCUCUCUGGAACCAGCAUCUCAGAUACAGGCACAAAAUACUUGGAACACCACCGUAUGUCUCCCUGCCCUCAGCUGACAGAUGAAGCUUUGAAAGCAAUGGCAUAUCACUGCCACAAACUAACAUCUGUCAACAUAGCAGCUUGCCCAAAGAUUGCUGAUACUUGUAUCCAAAACCUGUCUGCAGCCUGCCAUUAUCUCCAUUUCUUAGAUGUCUCAGGUUGCAUUCAUCUUACUGUCAAAGCACUGAAAUAUCUUUGGAAAGCUUGUAAGCAACUCCAGAUUGUUAAGAUGCUGUACUGUAGAAAUAUUACCAAACAAGCUGUCUUGAAAUAUACAGCCAAAGUGGAGAAAUAAGAACAUGAUGCUGACCCUCCUUCCUGGCUUGGAUAUGAUCAGGAUGGUGAUGUAUCACCUUCAGCAAAAACCACUCAUCAGAGCCUGGAUAAACAACUUCUUCAAAAUAAUAAAUGGAGACAUCACACAACACCUUCUACAGUCCAUGGGAUUUUCACUAGAGCAUGA